AAUCAUUCACGUUUAUAUAUCCAAUGGAAUUAUCUGAUUAAAGAAUAUUUCUGCAACAAUACAAUGAUACAUAAACAUGUCGAGAUGCCUGCGGAUCUUCGGGGCGUACUCGUACCGGCUGACGAGGCGACACUCCACCCUGCUCCUCAUAGCGUUCCUCAUCGUGACCCUCACCGUCAUCUUCCACCUCUACUCGCACAGGCACCAUCACCAUCACCACACGCAAACAAGCAUCGGUGACUUUGACUACCAACCGGGCGCGUUCCUCAAGGGACAGCAACCUAACGAAAACAAAACGUAUUGCCAAUUUAAUUAUGGCCUCCCAGACACUCUUAAAUGGGGAACCUUCCGUGUAAUGCCUACUCCGGAAGCUGGUCUACAGAGCCCUUAUAGAGUCAUCUACAAUGCUGUCAAGGGCACUGCGUACUCAAACCACAGCAAAUAUAAUGCAGUCACAUACGCUACUCAAGCGACACCGGAGUACAUUUAUCAUAUAGUCGAAAUAGCCAGAUAUUGGGACGGCCCUAUCAGUCUCUCAGUUUUUGUACCUAAUUACGAUCUGGAUAUCACUAUGCAGAUCAUGAAUCAACUCUGCCGCUGCUAUUCCGGAAUGUCAAAAGUGUCACUCCACCUUUUCUAUCCUAAAAAACAUCCGCCUAAAUUACAAAGCAAAGAACAACGCACUACGACGACAGAAAUGCCGACAACUACUUCAAAUAUAACCAUAGAAGAAAUCUUACAGAAGAAACUGGAUAAUUACAGGAAAUUAGAUAAUAAGACUAGAUAUGAAUACAUUCAACGGGCGAGGAAGAGUAAAAUCGAGAGAAUGAUGUCGCGAAUGCCGUCGAAAAGAAUAUUUGCCCCCAAUAUGGUGUUCAACGAUUGUUCUGGUAUCGAUUAUGGUAUGAUGACAUUCAAGAAGGACAACAAUUUGAUAUAUCAUAUAAAUGUAGGUAGAAACGUCGCUCGAAACGCGUCAAGGACAAACUAUUUCAUUGUUUCUGACAUUGAAAUGGUGCCAAGUGACGGACUGGCGCCCAAAUUUUUGACCAUGGUUAGAAAACUCAUGGGGGACAAGAAAAGAGAUGAGGGUUGCAUUUUCGGAAAGACUGUUUUCGUCGUGCCAUUGUUUGAGGUGGAAAAGGGAGAGCAGAUUCCGCGCGACAAGGACACAUUGGUUAAAAUGGUAGCUGCGAACCGUGCUAUGUAUUUUCAUCAGAAAUUCUGCUCACACUGCCAAAGGUUCCCUGGUCUACAAACUUGGCUCACUCGACCGUCGCCAGGCAUCGUCGAGCCCAUGCUGAUAGCACGGCGGGAGUACCCGUUCCAUAGAUGGGAGCCUUUGUACUUCGGCACGCGGAAGGAGCCCUGGUACAGCGAGGGGCUCUCGUGGGAGGGACGGCAGGACAAAAUGACACAGAUGCUGGAGCUCUGUCUGCAAGAGUACCGGCUGGUCGUACUUGAUGGAGGGUUCCUUUGCCACGCGGCGGCGCGCGCGCCGGCGCGUCACACCCGCGCUGAGCGCGCCAACACGCAACAGUACCAUAAGAUCAUCGCCGCGCUCAAGGCUCAGUACCCUGAUCGACCUGCUUGUAAGCUUAUGUGGGGAUGUAAUACUUGAGCGUCUUGCUCUGGCAAGAGUACAGCCUGGC